UUUAUUUUCCUAAUGGAUCGGUGCUAGAGCUACAUAUUGUCUUGGUUCAUGCAUUGUUUUGAGAUACUCCUCCUCUUUCGGAUGGCAAAAGACUAAGGAAUUCUUGGUUUUGCUGUAAAAAGCACCCCAAGCACAAUACCCACUGGAUUAGCAUGUGCCUGCAGGCAUCUGAAUCUCUAGGAAGAAUGCAGCUGUGCUGCGAAUCCAUAAAUGGCUCCUGCAUAAAGAGCAGCUGGUCAAUUAGUGUUCGAAUUUCCAUGUACAUCUUCAUGUUGUGUGUGAUCCUUUUGACUGUUGCAGGCAAUUUGACUGUUAUCAUCUCUGUAGCACAUUUCAAGCAGCUCCACACCCCGACCAAUUUUCUCAUCCUCUCUAUGGCCACCGUGGACUUUCUGCUGGGAUUCUUUGUCAUGCCUUAUAGCAUGGUGAGGUCAGUUGAGAACUGCUGGUAUUUUGGGGACUUCUUCUGCAAAAUCCACACCAGCGUUGAUAUCAUGCUGAGCACCGCUUCGAUCUUCCACCUCUCAUUUAUCUCUAUUGACCGCUACUAUGCAGUCUGUGAUCCGCUGAGAUAUAAAGCAAAGAUAAACACUUGUGUUGUAUCAGUCAUGAUCUUCAUAAGUUGGAUUUUCCCAGCUAUGUUUGGUUUCGGACUAGUAUUCUUUCAGCUAAAUAUGUUAGGAACAGAAGAUACAUUCUACAAACUCAUCUAUUGUGUGGGUGGCUGCUUUGUCUUCUUCAAUGAAACUUCAGGGGUGGUGAGCUCCAUGGUUUCUUUCUACAUCCCAGGAUUCAUCAUGCUGUGUGUCUAUGGGAAGAUAUACAUCAUAGCCAAGAGGCAGGCCAGUUCCAUUAAAGCUGCAGUGAACCAAAUGCAAAUCAGAUUUGAAGCACAGCAUCAUAUUUCACACAGCAGAGAAAGAAAAGCUGCAAAGACUUUAGGGACAGUGGUAGGAGUGUUCCUCAUCUGCUGGUUCCCAUUCUUCUUCUGCACGGUCACCGACCCCUUUAUGAAUUACACAAUACCACCUCUUCUCAUUGAUGCCAUGGUUUGGUUUGGUUAUUUGAAUUCUACAUUCAACCCAAUGGUUUAUGCAUAUUUUUACUUGUGGUUCCGAAGGGCCUUGAAGAUGAUUUUACUGGGGAAGGUUUUUCAGCAAGACUUAUCCAGAACUCAGCUAUUUUUGGAGUAA